AUGUCAACACCGCCGAGUAUGAGGGCAAGUGCCUCGUCAAUUGGCCCGCCCUCGCCCUUGCAGAACGCAAUUGACAGCACAUCGGACGUACCCGAAAGCCCUCUUGCAGGCGUGCCAGAUCUGAAGACAUAUCUCGCAGAGACCGAAGAGGAAAAGUUGGCUGCAUUGAAGUUGGUAGCAGAUGGCAUUGCACAGAUGCGCCAAACCGCGAAUCGUAUCUUGAUGUACAACCCAUACAACCUGGCUGCUUUCCUCGCCUUCCUAGCAGUAGUCAGCAACUACCUCUUCAAGACACGCUCUGACAUUGGUAUCCUGUUCACAACCUCGGCUGGUCUCCUGAUGGCUGCCAUGGUCACCGUCCGUCGCUUUACCAACCCAUACAUCACCAUCGCCGAAGAAGUACACAUCAGCUUGCUCGACGACGCCGAUGUUCUUGUGACGAAGUUCGGCGAAGAGAUUAUUGGAACGAUAAUUGUGGGUUGGGUCGACGGAGAGACAAAAGGCAAGAAGCGCAAGUGGAGAGCCGAGAUCAGAGGCUGGGCAGUAAGACUGCGAUACCGUGGCAAGGGCGAGGGUAUGGCUCUACUCACAGAGGCUGUCAACUUGGCCAAAAAGAAGGACGCCGAUGGUAUUGAGUUCGCACCCGAUCACGCAUAUUCAAAACGUGUUCUCUGGGACUUCUACAACGGACCUUUCGACAAGAAAGAGAAGAAGGCAGAAUCGAAACUGCAGGCUCUGUGGGGGAACAACACAAAGUCGAAGAAGAGAUGA